AUGGAUUGUUACCGUUUUUUUGUUACUGAGCUCUGUUGUUCAAACGCUUUCUUUUCACCUAGUUCCUGCAGUUUUUCUUAUACGAGGCACUUGAGUUUUUCUUAUACGAGAUCGUGCAGUUUUUCUCAUGCGAGGUCGUGCAGAUUUUCUUAUACGAGGUCCGUCGGUUUUCUUAAACGAGGUCCAUCGGUUUUUCUUAUACGAGGUCCUGCAGUUUUUCUUAUACAAGGUCCUUCAGUUUUUCUUAUAAGACGUCCUGCAGCUUUUCUUAUACGAUGUCCUUCAUUUUGUCUUAUACGAGGAUCGUCGGUUUUUCUUAUACGAGGUCAUGCAGUUUUUCGUGUACGAGGUCCUUCUUCAGUUUUUCUUAUACGAGGCCCUUCAGACGUUCUUAUACGAGGCCCUUCAGUUUUUCGUGUACGAGGUCCUUCUUCAGUUUUUCUUAUACGAGGCCCUUCAGACGUUCUUAUACGAGGCCCUUCAGUUUUUCUUAUAGGAGGCACAUCCCAUUUUCUUAUACGAAGCCCUUCAUUUUUUCUUAUAUUAGGUCCUUCAGGUUUUCUUAUACGUGGUCCUGCAUUUUUCUCAUGUGAGGAACUUCAGUUUUUUAUACGAGGUCCUGCAGUUUUUCUUAUACAAGGUCCUUCAGUUUUUCGUAUACGAGGUUCUUCAUUUUGUCUUAUACGAGGUCCGUGGGUUUUUCUUAUACGAGGUCCUUCAGUUUUUCAUAUACGAGAUCCUUCAGUUUUCCUUAUACGAGGCCCUUCAGUUAUUCUAAGAAGUCCUGCUGUUUUUCUUUUACGAGGUCCUUCAGUAUUUUUAUGCAAGGUCCUCCAGUUUCUCUGA